AUGGAGCCGAACCUUGACCUAAAGCGCCGAUCUACGUGGGAGCAGAUUUUUCACGUAGAGUAUGUGAUUCUUUACCGCUUUAGCGAGGGAGACCAGGCCGACGCUAUCCAUCAGUUUAAACGACUUGUCAAGGCGCUGAAUUCGGUGGGUUUGGAGACGUCCGUGCGGCCUGCUACUAAUGGCACACUCUUCGUGUUCCUCAAGGCUGUGGAGAGCCAAUUGGAUAAGGCUGUCCAUCGCGGGCGCGUGCGAGACUGGCUAUAUGGUGUUCGCCAGAUUCAACCUCAUGCCGAUGAAGAAGAGUCUGAGGAUAUUACAGAGGCUGAACGGCUGCGCACGGUUUAUCAUAUGAUUACUGCAUCGCGGAGUGAUGGUGGUGCAGGCAUAACUCCAAAACACGGAGAGUGGAAGCAUGUGGAAGCAGUUUUCCCUCUCCACGAUAAGGAAGUUAAUAAGGAAUGGAUCCUGAACUGGAGCCGUAAAACACUGCUCAGCCGCCACGAUCUUGACCAGAUCCGUGCCAAGCUGGGCGAAAGAGUUGCGUUCUACUUUGCGUUCCUGCAGACUUACUUCACUUUCCUGAUGUUCCCCGCCGCAUUUGGCACUGCAUGCUGGGUUCUAUUGGGCCAGUUCUCUAUUGUUUUUGCGUUGGUGAAUUCCUUGGCCUGCCUCGUAUUUGUCGAGUUCUGGAAGCGGCAGGAAGUUGAUCUCAAACUCCGCUGGAACGUAAAAGGUGUGUCUGCGAUCAAGUCAAAGAGACGGCAGUUUAAACAUGAAAAAGAAGUCGUGGACUCGGUCACAGGUGAAAAAAUCCUCGUUUUCCCAGCGAAAACUCGGUUGGCGAGGCAGCUUCUGCAGGUCCCGUUUGCACUCGCUGCAGUACUUGCUUUAGGAACCCUGAUAGCUUUUUGUUUUGCCAUUGAAAUUUUUAUCGCAGAAAUCUACUCGGGCCCAUUUAAAACAUAUCUAGCAUUUAUUCCUACCAUUAUUCUUUCUUUGAUGGUCCCAACUAUCAGCGGCAUUCUUACGACAAUUGCUACUCAACUAACUGAGUAUGAGAAUUACGAGUGUCAAGAUAGUUAUGAUGUUGCACUGACUCAAAAGAUAUUCGUUCUCAACUUCAUCACCUCAUAUCUACCGAUAUUUUUGACCGCGUUUGUAUAUGUCCCUUUUGCACAGAGCAUAGUUCCAUACUUGGAUAUCUUCAACCUUACGACUCGCCCAUUUCUCUCUGGUGAUACGGAUACAAAGACGGCAACACCUAAGACUGAAUUUCAAAUCGAUAGAACCAGAUUACGAGGGCAGGUGAUAUAUUUCGCAGUCACCGCUCAGAUUGUCAAUUUUGGGCUUGAGACAGUCUUACCGUUUGUCAAGCGAAAAGUACUUAAUAAGUAUACCGAGAUGCAAGAGGAGAAGAAACAGAAUCAGACAGCAGCUUCUUCCCCAGUGGUGAACCAAAUUGAAGAUUGUCCAGCCGAAGCGGAAUUCCUAGCACGAGUUCGCAAGGAAUCAGAGCUUAGCGAAUACGAUGUCACUACGGAUCUUCGUGAGAUGUGCGUUCAGUUUGGCUACAUGGCACUCUUUUCGCCCGUGUGGCCCUUGGUGCCUGUAUCUUUUUUGAUCAAUAACUGGGUUGAGUUGCGAUCGGAUUUCAUCAAGAUCUGCAAUGAGUGCAAACGUCCCGUCCCUUUGCGAUCCGAUACCAUUGGGCCAUGGCUAGACUCGCUUGGAUUCUUGGCUUGGUUGGGCAGCAUUACCAGCGCGGCUUUGGUGUAUAUGUUCUCAGACGGGGAGAAGGGGCCGGACGGCACUCCAUCGCAAAUUACGGGAUGGUUACUGUUGCUGACUAUAUUCUUCUCCGAACAUCUGUACUUGCUUGCUCGGCUGGGUGUGCAGAUUUUCUUCUCCAAGAUUGAUAGCCCGGAGACUCGGCACGAGAGGGCGCAACGGUAUAUGGUCCGCAAAGCAUACUUGGGCACCAUCUUACCAGAGAAUGACGCUUCGCCAGACGGGACAGAAGGGAACGAAAAGGUGGAGGAGGUCGCAGCGGAGCAUGUGACGCGCGAAACGCUUGAGGAAGACGCGCGGCGCUCCUGCCAACAGUCAGCCAACCCGACGGAGAUGUUCUGGAAGCACCAGCGCGGCUGGAAGAAGGCAGCGCUGGCGGGUGUGGGGAUCAUCCAGGCGGGCUACACGGCGCCGCCGCCAGAAAAGAAGAAGCAAUGA